GCAUGCAUGCCUACAGCAUGAGGCAUGAGAUUCAGAGAUUGAACAGCAGGGAGUUGGCGUUACCUCCGGUCAGAUGUGGUCAACUCAGCUUGGAGCGAGCAAGCCUCUCGUUAUCACCACGUUAGUUGUUAUGCGUUGACGGGGCAUCACUCUCCCGACCUGUCCUCCUGCAUUUACCUGGCCCUUUGAGCCAAGCCUACGCGCCUAUCAGCUUUUUAGUCCUUGCUCGCUCGACUUGAGAAUAAGGUCGCGGUAUUAUUCUUUCAAGGUUAUUUCCUUCUCUUUAAGGCCUUUAUAUUCAGAUCCUAUGGGAGUUUUUAUUUUCACGGCGUUGUUUUGGACCUUAAGUGGAGUGGGAUGCCUGCCUCUAUCCUCCUCUCUACAGGUUGGAAAGGUUGCUGACUGUAUUCAGGACUCCCUGAAUAGUAAUGGCGGUGUGCCACAUCCUGGCUGUGACAAACUGAAAACUGAUGAUGCUGUCCACAGGCACCAGGGUCUCCUGAGGGAGCUGCAGGAGCUGGCCCAGGAGGAGAGGGAAAGAGAGAGAGACUAUGGGAGGGAGAAAAAGCAAAAUGAGGAGAACCAGGCUGAGGGAGAGAGGGACAGAGAGAGGAGGGAGGAGGAGGAGCAGAAUGAUGACCAGAAGGACACUGAGAAAGAAGAACUGAGAGAGAAAGAGAUGAAGGCAGAAGGGGUAGAGGAGGAGAAGGUGGAGAUGAAGGACAGAACGAAUGAGGAGAUGAGAGAAGAGCCCAGACUGGAGGAGAAAAGGGGGGAUGAGGAAGAGAACGCGAAGGAGCUGGAGGAGCUCUUCUCAAAGGAGCUAAGGAAGAUAGGAGAGGAGGAAAAAGAGGACAGGGAACUUGAGGAGCUGCUCAAGGAGCUGAAGAAGAAAAGGUAUGAGUCGGUGAAGGAGAAAGAGCUCCUUAGUGGGUCAGAAGCAGAGGAGGAGAGGAACAAGGAUGAGGGGGAGGAGCAGAAAAAGGGAGAGAAAGAGCAGCUAGAUAUUCUUGAGAUUGAAGAGAGGAAACGCAGCAAGGAGAGGAACAACAACGAGGUGGAGCUGCUGGUGGAGAAAGAGAAGGUGGAGCGGGAGCUCAAGGAGCUGCUGGAGGAACAGGACAGCAAGAACAACGUGGAGAAGGAGAAAGAGAGGGAGGAAAAACAGGAGGAACUAGCGGAGCUCCUCAAAAAGAUGAAACGUGUGCAAGAGGAGGAGGAGGAGAGAAAAGAGGAGGAGAAGCGAGAAACUGCCGGGGAUGAGGCUAAAGUGGACAAUGAGCGUGAGAAGGAGGGAGAGAUUCGCAAGGAAUUGGAGAAGGUGAAAGCGGGAGAGAGUGAGGAGGUUAAGGAUCCUCAGCAGAAGAGAGUGAUGGAGAAAGCAAGUGAUGAGUCGACACGUCAGUUUGAAAAGGAGAGGAACAGGGACGAUGACGAUGAUGAAGAAGCAGAUGAGGCAGAUGAGGUUGAAAACAAUGAGGAUUGGGAAGAGGAAGAGGAGGAUGAGGAUAAAAAGGAGGAUGUUGAGCAGGAUGAAGGAGAAGAGCUUCUGGAGAUUGAGGCAGAGCUGCGAAAAGUGGCUGCAGAGCUUCGGGAGCUUCACCGGGGUCGUUAAGUUCUAAAUUACACACACACACACACACACACACACACACACACACACACACACACACACACACACACACACACACACACACACACACACACACACACACACACACACACACACACACACACACACACACACACACACACACACACACACACACACACACACACACACAAGACAGACAGAUAACGACCCAGUGCAGCACUCUCUCAUGCUAUCACACACAGAAACACACACAACUAACAUGCUUAGUAACAUAGUAUAAUCAUAAUGCUUUUGAUGGGAUGUAGUUCUGUAAGUAGUUGCAUUUGAGUAAAAACAAACAAGUACACUUCUCCCCAUCCCUGCAUUCAGAGAUUACAAGCUCUUUAGAUGUGUCUUUCUGUGUGCUGCCAUUAUCAAAGAUUGUUUAGUAGGCAAGAUGUACAACCUUGCACAUGUAAAGCUAUCGUUAGUCUACAUCUCUUGAUACAAGGUCGUUAAGUGGGAAAGACAUCUCCUUUACGGUAUGUCUCGUGUAUAUAUUUUGUGCAAUAAUUAAAAAUCUAUGUGUGAGAUUUGUUAUGGUCAUUAAGACUGUUAAUGUAAGCAAUUAACUUACACUGUUAUUACACUGUUAUUACUGUUAUUACAAUUAACUUACACUGUUAUUUAUAAUAUUGACAUAUUGAUUUCUGUGAUUGAUUUCCAUGUGUAUAUGAACAAAAUGUGAGGAUUGUGCUAUCUGGCUAAUGCACUGUUAAUAUCAGACUGUUAAUUAAGAACUGGGGUGACACUCAGAGACAAUCUCCAUUGCAUACUCCUUGUGUAUUCUCUCCUCACCUCCUUCUCAAAACCCAUUGGAGGAGAAGGUCAGAGAGGAGAGCGUCUGUCUUUCUCAUCCAAUGGGUUUUGAGAAGGAGAUGAGGACGUGAGGAGUAUGCAAUUGAGAUCUUCCCUCAGAAAGAGAUGGUGUGUGACCACAGAAACCUCUUUAGUAUUGAUGUACAGUGUGUCAUAACAUAAUGUUCUAUAAUAAGAAGAGCAUGAUUGUUCCUGAAGUUUAUUUUUUUAAUUUUUGCAGUUCGGGUCACCAAGGUGGUCAAGAGUCAUAGAAAUAGAAUGAAUGGAAAUGUCCAUUCUAGUAAUUAUAUUUCUAUGGCCAGGGUGGCACCCCAGCUCUUCUCCCAACUUUGCACUCCUAUCUUAACCAGCCAAGGAAGUCUAGCGAGGGGAGUGGCAUCACUAAGACAUCUCUGGUAUGUGGUCCUAAUAAACAAUGACAGUUGUAAAACUUUUUUUUAAGUUGGCAAGAUAUUGAUGUUCACCGUCAUCCUUUUUCAUAGUUUGGGAUCUCCACUGUUACGCAGCCAUGUUUGAAUAAGAAAUAUUAGGAAACAUGUUAAAUCAAUAUAAGUUGCAUGGUUAAUAACAUGUGGAGGAAUAACAAUAACUGCAAAACAAGAAGAAGAAGAGGAAUAUUAAGACAACUUAUUCAAACCAAUAAAGUUAUAAAAAUGUACAUAUUAAAGCAAAAUAUAUGAUGAUGAUUCUCUGUAAAUGUACUUUAUUAUGUAAUUAAAAUGCAUCAUGAAUUGACUUUUAAAUGUAAACACUACUUUUUUUAUCGAACAUUGAUUUACAAUUAUAAACUGGGUGGUUCGGGCCCUGAAUGCUGAUUGGCUGACAGCCGUGGUAUAUCAGAUCGUAUGCCACAGGUAUGACAAAACGUUUAUUUUUACUGCUCAAAUUACGUUGGUAACCAGUUUAUAAUAGCAAUAAGGCACAUUGGGGGGUUGUGGUGUAUGGCCAAUAUACUACGGGCUGUAUCCAGGCACUUUGGGUUGCGUUGUGCAUAAGAACAGCCCUUAGCCGUUAUAUAAUGGCCAUAUACCACACCCCCCCCGGGCCUUAUUGCUUAAUUAUGUAACACUGGUAACUGUUGGGACGCAUAUAAAACUAAUAUAAAACACAUCAACACCAUGUAAGGAAUCAAACAGGCUACUCACUACAUGUUGUGAGAUUUACUCAAGAAUGUAUACCAUUUCAACAUUUAGAAAUAUAUUUACCAAAUGUAUUUCAUCAGAAAAGGGUUGUGGGAUGUAAAGGACCAAUUAGUGGAGGUCAACAUUUGUAAUUGUACUGGCCCAAUCAGAGUCCUGCAUCUGUGCCUGCUGUGUCUUAAAUGCUAAAUGUCAAUCAAUAAAAUCACAGUGUAUGAUAUUUUUCAAUCAUUGUUACUUCUAUAAGA